AUGCGCCACGACGACAGCAAGCCGCCAGUGGUUCCGCGCAGCAUCAGCUGUGAGAAGCCCAAGUCCAUUUUGAAGAACACGGGCGGUGCCCCGGCGCUCACAAGGAGAUCCUCUUCGUCGAGGCGCCGUGUCUCCUUCGAGGAGGACGAUAAUUUCACGGAGCCGCGGCUGCGCUUCGCUGCACCGACAGACGCACCGCUGUCCCACGGCGGGGCAGCGGCGGAGGACGAGCCCGCCCUUGCGCGGUGGGAGGCCGCACCCAGCAGCCGGGCGGAGGUGCAACCUAGAAGCGCAGCGGAUCGGAGGGCGUCGGAGCCGGCGAGCGGGCGUGAGCGAACGGCGGCGGCCCCGUUGCCUGUCUCGCCGCACGACUCCCCUAUCAUCGCCCCCCGCCAGCCCCCACCCGCCAGCGGCAAUUGCGACGACAAGGAGGCGGCGCGGGGACCUGUUGGGUCCGAGGAGAGGCCCCCAACGGCGGUGCUGUCGCGCGCACCCGCUGCGGCGGCGGCCGUCGCGGAGACUCCCUGCGGUUCCGAGGCGUUGUCUCCGCUGCCGGAAGUGAGCGUCAGCGAUAUCACGCCUUCCCCCGCCAGCCUCGUGUUGCGGCUGGGCCGCUCGGGCAGCGGUCGGUCCUCUGCGGACAGCUGCGCGGGCACAGCCGCCGCCGGGCUUAGCUCGCCGCUGGAUGCGAGAGAGCCACUUUUCCCCGACGUGGGCGCGUGCGCCGGCUGCCCUGCGCUGAGCCUCGCCCCCGCCGCGCCCGAGGCGUGCGGCAGGGAAUUGGCAGUGCCGGACGGAAGCUUCUCGCCAAUCUUUUCCGGACGAAAUUCGCCGGAGCAGAAGAGCAGGGGCGUGCCCGUUCGCUCCUCCUCCCAGCACUCCACGUGGUAUGGCGGCAGUGCAGAAGCCGUUGUUCGUCCUCCCCGCGUCCGGGGGCCGACUGCGGCGAACGCGAGCAGUCAUUCCUCCCCGCUGCCGUUUGAGGGCGGCGUCAACCCCGCUGAUCUGGUGUUCGACGACUCCCCAGCGUGCAGUGAGCCGGCGGCAGACGAGAGCGACAACGGUGUCCCUGUGGCCUUGGGCGCGUCGCACUGCCGCCGGGUGCUCGCUUUUCCCGUGCAGCUGUACCCUGGCCUCGUGGGACCGGGCGAGCCGCCGCACAACACUGCCUCGCCGGAGCCAUCGUCCUCCAACGCCACGGAUGACGGUGGAGAGAUCACGCCGCAGGGACGCCGCGGGCGGAGAGGGCGCCGGGCAGCUUGGAACGGCGACCGAACACCCAUGCCGCUGCAGCCAGUUCUACGAGCGACCAACGCCGACAGACCAGGAGAGUGCGUUGCUGCGCGGCCGUCCCCAGCGCGGGGUCCGCUUGUUGCGCACCUCAACGCCCGUGGCGCCGUGGAGGAGCCGCCAGAGUUGACGGAUGGCGUUGUGAGGGGCACGGGGGAGGUGCUGGCGCUGAAGGAAAACCAGCACCCCCUGCUGCGCCGCGACCAAAGCUCGGCAGCGGAUGGUGCCUCACCGUCUGCCUUACUGAGCUGCGCGCGCGCGUCUUCCCACCUCCCUCCAAGGCGGGCGAAGCCGGUGGUGGUGGAGUACAUCAACAAGUUGUCUGCGUCCUGGCAGGAGACGCUCCGCGGUGACCUGCACCGCCGCAGCCGCAGCCGCUCUAGUGACGACGCCUGCCCGCCUCGUUCCCGAGAGGAAGUCACAAGGCAGCUGUUCCCGGGGGUGUUCUUUGGCCUUGCGUCGAUGGCGGCAGACGCGCACCACGCCAAUUGCCCGGCGGCCGACGCUUUGGGCGCGUGCCCGUUGAUGCCUAUCAGGGGAACGGAGGUUGUCCUGUCAAAGCCGUUGAAGGCGAAGAAGCGGCGCGGGGGCGCCGAGCUGUCCCCCACCGCUGUUGUGGCCACUUAUUCUGCUGUCGCCGCCAACAAGGGCAGAAGCGGCGGAGAAAAGCGUCGUGUGGAUCGGGCGAAGACCCCUCCAGAGACGCGUCCGCGUGAGGAGGCAUGUGCGGAGCCAGAGGAGUUUGAGGAAGUUGACUCGUACUGUGUGUCUUCGACGCCGGCGGCCAAUGCGGCUCCGCCAGUCGUGGAGAAAGUCAAGUCGGGGCAGCAGCAGUGGCACCCCGGCGGAAAGCAGACGACACGUACCCCCACAGGUCUUGGGAAGGGUGGGAGUUGCUGCGACUCGGAGGGCGCACGGAAGCGGCGCGGUGCAGAAACGCUAAAGGGGGCGGAGAUGAGGAAUGAGGAGGAGGAGGGGGAGGAGCGUCGCGCCCGGCGAUUUGAGAAACUUCGCCGCGCGCUGCUGCUGUACUCAGCCGAAGGUGCGUCCUCCCCGCCUGGAAGGCCCCGCGUUGCAGGCCACGAUUGCGGUUGUCCCACUGCUGCAACCGAAUCGACGGGGGCACGGGGCCGCCGCGAACGCGGCGUGCCCGCGCGGCAGAAGAAUAAUUUGCCGCCCUCGCCGCCGUCCGUGACGGCGGAGGGGCUCAUACAUACGCCCGAGCGAGCCGCAUCGCCGGGGGGGAGCGAGGGGCCCCCGGCUGCGCAGCCAAGGAUCCUGUUCGCGCCAGCUCGCUCUGUGUCACCGCCAAGGACUUUUCCCUGCAACCCGAACGCGAACGGCGGAGAGAAUGCAGGGGGAGGCGGCGUCGGCGUGCUGCCGGAGCGCCGUGUGCGCAACCGCGCGGCGGCGAGGGCGUUCGCCCGCGACAUCACUGGCAUUGUCCAUGCGCUGAGGGAGAGCACCUGGGUGAGGAUGUUGUGA